UGUGACCUUACCCUCUCCGGUCCUCCCACUCAAUGCCAGUGAUGAGCUCCUGCAACUUCACACAUGCCACCUUUGUGCUUAUUGGCAUCCCAGGACUAGAGGAAGCCCACUUCUGGUUCGGCUUCCCUCUGCUUUCAAUGUAUGCCGUGGCAUUGUUUGGGAACUGCAUCGUGGUCUUCAUCGUGAGGACUGAGCGGAGCCUGCAUGCACCCAUGUACCUAUUUCUCUGCAUGCUGGCAGCCAUUGACCUGGCCUUAUCUACAUCCACCAUGCCCAAGAUCCUCGCCCUCUUCUGGUUUGACUCUCGGGAGAUUACUUUUGAUGCCUGUCUUGCACAGAUGUUCUUCAUCCAUGCUCUCUCAGCCAUCGAAUCCACCAUCCUCCUGGCCAUGGCCUUUGACCGUUACGUGGCCAUCUGCCACCCGCUGCGCCACGCCGCUGUUCUCAACAAUACGGUUACUGCCCAGAUUGGUGUGGUUGCUCUGGUCCGGGGAACCCUCUUCUUUUUCCCACUUCCACUGCUGAUCAAGCGGCUAGCCUUCUGCCACUCCAACGUGCUCUCCCAUUCCUACUGUGUGCACCAGGAUGUGAUGAAGUUGGCCUAUGCAGACACAUUGCCCAAUGUAGUCUAUGGUCUCACGGCCAUUCUUCUGGUCAUGGGUGUGGAUGUCAUGUUCAUCUCCUUGUCCUAUUUUCUGAUUAUACGAACUGUUCUGCAACUGCCUUCCAAAUCCGAGCGAGCUAAAGCCUUUGGGACCUGUGUGUCACACAUCGGUGUGGUCCUGGCUUUCUAUGUGCCACUCAUCGGCCUCUCUGUGGUGCACCGCUUUGGAAAGAGCCUAGAUCCUAUUGUACACGUUCUCAUGGGGGAUGUCUACCUGCUGCUGCCUCCUGUGAUCAAUCCCAUCAUCUAUGGUGCCAAGACCAAACAGAUCAGAACACGAGUGCUGGCUAUGUUCAAGAUCAACUGUGACAAGGACAUAGAGGCUGGAGGAAACACAUGACAUUUAUCACUCCAUUACCCCUUGUCCUAGCUGGUUUGAUAUAGUCAUUUCAUCACACUUGCUUAAUUCCAGUCACCCGUGAGCACAUGAGUGCUUUUCCCUGACUGGCAUAGUAAACUAAAGUACGAUCCAUCUACUUCCCGGAAUAUAAUGUGAAAUAACCCUUUCUAAUGAAUUAUUAUGUGGUUUAAAGACUGUUGUAAAAUGAGACAUG